AGUCAACGGCAAAGGCGCCGCUGGUGCCGGUGCAGGUGCUGGCGUCGGUGGUGGCAUCGGUGGUGGCAUCGGUGGCGGCAUCGGUGGUGGCAUCAACGGCAAGGGCGGUGCAGGUGCUGGCGUCGGUGGUGGCAUCGGGGGCUCUGCAGGGCUAGGUGGCGCUGGUGGUAUUGGUGGCAAGGCUUCCGGCGGUAUGUUUCUCGAGAUCCAUCACAUUGCAUGCAGAUUCUAACAUCAUUCUCAACAGGCAUCGGCGGAGGUGUUGCUGGCAAAGGCGGUCUCGGGGCGGGAGCUGGUGUCGGUGGUGGUGCAAUCUGGCCUGGCGUCGGUGCUGGAGGUCAAGCUGGUGCUGGCCUCGGCUUCGGCUUCGGUGGCAAUGGAGGAAUCGGCGGCGGCGCCAAGGGAGGCAUUGGGGGUCAGGGUGGCGCAGGCUUCGGAUCUAUUGGUAAUGGAAAUGGACCCAACUAUGGCUCCGGAUCCGGAUCGAACAAGCCAAGCCCCAACGGAGGAGCACCAGGCGGCACUGAAAGCUCUCCAGUUCCAGGAAAGCCAAACAACUCGGGCCCAUCUGGUUCGCCGCCUGCAUCCUCGCCAAACGCUGGCAACGCUCCUAGCUACGGUGCACCACAGUCAGGAUCGCCAAGCGACACUGAUAGCUCUCCAGUCUCAGGCAAGCCCAACAACUCGAGCCCAUCUGGUUCCUCGCCUGCAUACACGCCAAACGCUGGAAGCAACGCUCCUAGCUACGGUGCACCACAAUCAGGAUCGCCAAGCGGCACUGAGAGCUCUCCAGUGUCAGGAAAGCCCAACAACUCGCCUGCAUCGCCAAACGCUGGUGGCCAGGCCCCUAGCUACGGUGCACCAGCACCAGCCCCCUACUAGGUGGACGAAGGCUUUGGGUGCGAAAGAAUUUUAUACUUGAUCCUUUUAUCACUGUGCACGAUAGCAAAAGACCGAGUAGUCCUACUAAUCAUACGCAUAGCUAGGUGCAAUCUUGCACACCGAAGCUGCAACCACUCGAGGUGGAAGUACAUCCUCGCGUCGAAGAGUUGUCCGAUCGGUCUCUUCAGAAGCAUCUUCUCCAUUACCUGGGC